UGGUAUCGCGUUGAACGCGCGUGCGUGAGGAAGGAGUUCAUUCAGUAACCCUGGCCCUUGACCAAUCUGAUCGAGUCUGAUCGACCCAACAGCCCGGAGCAGACACAACAGCACGGAAGGAUGUCGCGUAAGGCGAUCAAGGCGAUUAAUUGGGCUGCGCUCCUCGAGAAAAUCCCGGAGACAGAGAAAGCGGCGUAUGCCGCCUUCAAGGCUAAGUCUGAUCAACAUCUGCGACGAAUGGCUGCGUACCCUGAGGAAUAUCCAAAGAUUGACUGGGCUUUCUAUAAGAAGAACAUCUCAAUGCCUGGACUAGUGGACAAGUUCCAGAAGGAGUACGAGUCCUUCUCUGUGCCGUAUCCAGCGGAUAAAUAUACCUCUCUGAUUGAGCAGAAGGAAAAGGAAAUACUUGUCGAGAUGGAAAAGUUUGUGAAAGAAUCCAACAAAAACAUUGCCAAAGCCAACAAGGAGAUUGAAAAGAUACAGAAUAUGUUACCGUUUGCUGAAAUGACGAUGGAAGAUUUCCGAGAUGCUUAUCCGGAAUUUGCUUUAGAUUCAAUUAAUAAACCGACAAUAUGGCCGCACAUUCCUGAAGUACAGCCAGAGAAUGAUCCAGGACCACCAAAAUUUCAUUAGCAUCACAACUCAUAGCAUUCAAAACAGCCAAUGUGUGGAAUGUAGUCCUGAUUUACUUCUAGAAUAAGAUACAAGACUAUGUAUGUAAUUUGGAGAAGAAAUUGUGUAUCCCUGUUGCCAUGGAAUAUAUUUGGAAGUAAACUAAUGUGUCCAGAAUGGAAGGGGAUUAUCCUUUUGUAACACUGCGCUUCUGAAUAUGUUACAAAUGAGUGAGGAAAGAAUGCACCAUUCGAGUGUAUUCGGAUGCAUGUUUGCAGACAGAGACAUUUGCUUAGUCUCAAAACACUUUGUGUGAGAUGAUCCUGAUUAAAAUUUUUGCCACUAAAUAAACGUAUAUCAUAUGCCAUAUAAA